UUUUCCACUGAUUCCUCUGACUUCAAUGAAAUUCAACAUCUGCUCGGUAUGGAUAGGAUGGGUUCUGAAACACUGGAAAUGGGGAUUAUCUUUCUCACUCAGACUGGAAUUGGAAUCCUGGGAAAUUCUUUUCUCCUUUGUCUUUAUAUCUUUAUUUUACUCACUGAAUAUAAGUUGAGACACAUUGACCUGAUUCUCAAGCAAUUGGUCUUAGCCAACUUGUUGGUUCUUUUUUCUAAAGGGGUUCCUCAGACAAUGGCAGCUUUUGGAUUAAAAUAUUUCCUGAAUGAUGCUGGAUGCAAAGUUGUCUUCUAUUUUCACAGAGUGGCCACAGGGGUUUCCUUUAGUACUGUCUGCCUCUUCAAUGGCUUCCAGGUCAUUAAGCUCAACUCUAGUGUUUGUAGGAGACUGGAACUCAAGAUGAGAUCCCUAAAGUUCAUUGGCUUCUGCUGUUGCCUCUGCUGGAUCUUACAUCUCAUGAUAAAUGCUUUUGUUCCUAUAACAGUGAACGGUCCAUUGAAUAGCAAAAAUCUUAGUGUGAAAACAAAUUAUGGACACUGUUCCUGGAACAUGAGAAUUCGUUUUAAAAUCUUAAAUAUGAUCAUAUAUUUUUCUCCUGAAAUUAUGAGUUUGGGCUUCAUGAUCUGGGCAAGCAUCUUCAUGGUCGUUAUCCUGCUUAGACACAAAAGAAGAGUCUGCCACAUUCACGGCCACAGGCUUUCCCCCAGACCUUCCCAUGAGGCCAGAGCCACAUACAUCAUCCUGAUCCUAGUGAGCUCCUUUGUUUCCCUUUACUCAUUCUCUACGAUCUCAACUAUUAGCAUGACUUUGUUUGCAAAUCCCGGCCAAUGGAUGAUGAAUAGUUUUGUUGUCGUGACAUCGUGUUUUCCAACUUUCAGCCCCUUUGUGCUCAUCAGCAGUUACACCCGAGUCUCUCAGUUAUGCUUUGCCCAGUGUGCAAAAAAAUCAUUUUUUUCCUAA